AUUUUUUGUCAUUUGAAAAUCUCGUGUUAGUUGAGGGUUUACGUUCUUUCGACUUCGUUGUUUUGUGUAAACAAUUUCUGAUUGGAGUUUAGAAACUCAAUCGCUCUUUACUUGAAUUUGAUGGUGAAAUUUUUUCAAACCAUUUAGGAAAAAGAAAAAAAAAAGGGGGCGAAAUAAAUGGGUUAGGUUUCUGUGAGUUCUAGUCUCGUUUUAUGGAAAUCAUGUGUUGCAUAUCGGAAGGGGUUCCAUUUUUGUUCCUUUUGCAGCUUGUUUUACAGUUUUGGAAUUUUGUUUUUAUUUAUGUCACACGUUCUGGUUUCCGAUGCCUCCAUUGUUUGAUUUGAACUUCGCGCAUAGCGUAUCCAGCUUUAUUGCUUCUCUGGAAGAUAUAUAAUUUGUGUGUACUUUGUCUCCUGUAGAACAAUUACGGUUGUCGUAGAUCUUAUGAGUUUGAAGUUUACUUAAUGAACCUACUGACUUCAUUUCGGAUUGCCACCAUCUUCUUUGUCGAGUUUUUUGAUUCCUGACUAUACUGUCUGGUUUGUUCCUUUGUUUGUCAGAAGCUCUUCGAAUAUCCUCUGAUUUCUUGCUUUUGUUUGCGUCAGCAGGAAUAGGACAGUUUGAACUCGAUUGCUAUAAGUAACACUAGUUUGGAAAUUGUCUGAAGAAGAUGCUUCAGAUCCGUCUUAGAAAGCCAUCUAGCGAAGGUGGAGGAGGUUCAAAGCCUUUGCCCCCUGAUGCGGUAACAGUUGCAUGUCCUGAUCACCUAGUCUUAGCUGAUCUUCCUGUAGCUAAAAGUCUCGGUUCACCUUCUGUCUCUGCCCUCUCCAAGAUUGUUGGUCGAAGAUCCCGUCGCCAACUUGGUGAAAGAGUUCACUUUUGUUCGCAUUGUGACUUCCCCAUUGCUGUCUAUGGACGUCUGGGUAUUGGUUGCUCACUGGUUUAUUCUUGCGCAGAGUCCUUGUGAGCAUGCCUUCUGUCUGGAUUGUGCUAGGAGUGAUUCUUUCUGCUUCAUGUAAGUUUUAUGUUCAAAAGUAUUCCUGAUCUUAGUUACAAAACUGGAUACGUUAAGCACAACAUAUUCACCCUUAGUGUAUAGGGUUGGGGACAUUCAUGGUUCAUUUAUUCAUUAUGUCUGAGCAUUGUAGGGAUCCUUUGAGGUGUGAACAGUUGGCCAGAUUUUAUAAGAUUUCCCAAGGCUACUCUUAUAAAGAAUAGUAGUAAUAUUUUAUCUCAAAGAACAUUUUCCUGUGAGAAGUUGGUGAGGAACUUUUAUUUGCAUCAAUUGUGUUGAAAUGUUUCAAAAACGUUUCUGUUGCUCAGGUGUAAUGAGCGCAUUCAAAAGAUUCAGACUAUUAAGAUGAUGGAAGGGAUGAUUAUCUGUGCUGCUCCUCACUGCCUGAAAUCUUUUCUCAAGAAGUCAGAUUUUGAGACUCAUAUUCAGGAGACACAUGGAGACCUUCUCCGUUCAGGUGCCGGAAAAGAAGGAAAUGAUUCAGAAGUAGCCAGCACAAGAAAACCUGCAGGCUCAGAUUCUACAGUUCAGGCCCCACCAAGGCCUCCUUUUCCUUCCCACCCUAGUUCCCAGUCUCUUGAUGCUCAUCGUCCACCUUUCAGGGACCAAUUAGCUCCUAGGCCUGUGAUGCCCCCUAAGGGAAUGCCACCCUUUCCUGGGCCACUUCAUAAUCAUUCCUCAGAACAAUUUAUUGACAACAAUGCGCCUCCAGGUUUUGAUAGGCUGGGUCCCCAAAACAGAUUUGCUCCGCAGGGUAUUGAUUCACCUGGUAGCAUGCGACAAGAAAGUCAGCUUCCAGACAAGCAGCGCGGGAUCAGAGCGGAGUCUCCUUUUCGGGAGUAUCCUUACCAGCCGCCCCCUCUUCAACCUCCUGGCCCCAAUUAUGCUCUUCCAGUGAUGAUGAAUCCAGCCUUGGCUGCUCCUCAAUUCGGUUACCCUCCAUUUUUGCCUGAUGGAGCUCAACCUGUGUUUGGUGCUCCCUAUGAGAUGAUCAGGCCAGAAUCAGCACCAGAGCAAGGAUCAGAACCUGGUUUUCCCCCUGGUCCCCCGCCAAUGGGUGUAAAUUUUGCUGAUGGUUAUCCUCGUCCUUGGAAUAUGGGGCCUGGUGUCGGGUCCUUCGAACAAACUUCUAGUGGUCAAGGCGCUAUGGAGAGCUUCAUAAAUAGUCCAUCUGAUUCUCAAGUUAGGCCUCCAGGUUUUCAGGGGGAUUAUGGACGAAGUCCAGGCCCAUUGCCUUCAAACCUACCGCUGCCACCUUCAGGGAAUAAAGGGUUGGAAAGUGGAACAUCUAUGGACCCUCGAGAUAAUAAGGGAAUUUUGGCAGCACCUCCACCAUCUCUUCCCCUCCCGCCACCACCACCACUUCCUUUUCCUCCACAUUUGGCUCAGAUUAAUCGAGGCCAGUUCUACCCUGACGAGGCAAAUAAUGACGGGUAG